AUGAUGUAUGGAUAUUUUGUCGAGAAGUUUCUUCUGUUUUGUUUUGACAAUAUGGCUGCAUUUUAUCUGAUCAAAGAUGCUGACUACUGGUGGACACAUAGUAAGGUAAGGCUAAUAGAGGACAAUGAUGGUGAAUUAAGCUGGGAACGUUUUAAGGGAGCGUUAAGGGAUCAAUUCUACCCACCUCACGUGAGGAAGGAUAUGUUAAACGAGUUUGCUAGGUUUGAAAUGGGGAAUUUAACAGUGGAUGAGUAUUAUCAGAAAUUUAUGGAAUUUCUGAAGUUUUGCCCCGAGGACGUCCCGACUGAAACAAAGAAAAUGCAAUGCUUCGAACUGAGUUUAUCGUACGAGAUUCAAAAACAUAUUGAGACCGAUAUGUACGAUACUUUAGACCAGUUAUAUAAGAGGGCAGCCCAGAGAGGAAAUGUUAUUAGGAAGGAGCAGGAGAAGUUGGCCCAUAGUGGGGACAAGAGGAGGGAACCUAUGUUCCAAACUGAAGAGAGCGGGAGUAAUCAUGCACAAAACCACUUUAAGAAACACAAAACCUAUGGGGGUUAUCAAGAAAAAGUGUACCAGCCAGGACAGCCAAGUAAAGGUGGGAGGGGGUCGACAUCUGAGGUCAGGAUACAGAAACCACUAUAUGACCGCAAUGGAAAGGAAAGAAUUUAUAACUGUAGGAGAUGCCAGAAAAAUCAUCCAGGGAGAGAAUGUCGGGGAGCAUUAGUGGACUGUUCAUACUGUGGUAAAUCGGGUUCUUUUUGCAUCAAUUCAAAAAUUAAAGACUUAGGAUUGGAAAAUUCCGAGAAAACAUCUUUCUCAGUCGCUAUACCUUCCGGAGAGACCUUUCAUUGUAGUAUGUUAUUUCGUGGGGUGUCGGUCAAUAAAGGAAAGACAAAAUUCUCAAGUGAUUUUUUUUCUUUGAAAAUGGAAGGUCGAGAUGUAAUCCUUGGAAUGGAUUGGAAGCUUCCCAAGGGACCCAAGGUAAAAACCGUGUCGUCCUUAGAAGCAAGGAAGCUAAUCAAGCGGGGACAACCGUGGUUUUUGUGUAGUAUAAGUAAGGUGGAGGUGCGGAAGGUUCGAAUUGAUGAUAUUCCUGUAGUCCGUGACUUCAAGGAUGUAUUUCCAGAAGAAAUUCUAGGCAUGCCACCGAAAAGAGACGUAGACUUUUCAAUUGAUUUGGUGCCUGAGACAGGGCCAAUUUCAAAAGCCCCUUAUCGUAUGGCUCCAAAGGAAAUGGAAGAAUUGAAGGUGGAAUUAGAGGAUUUGUUAGAAAAGGGUUAUAUAAGACCUAGCAUCUCUCCCUGGGGAGCCUCGGUAUUAUUUGAGAGGAAAAAGGAUGGAACGAUGCGUCUCUGUAUUGAUUUUAGAGAACUCAAUAAAGUCACUAUUAAGAAUAAAUAUCCAUUACCACGGAUUGGUGAUCUUUUUGAUCAGUUGCAAGGGGCGGGAGUCUUUUCUAAGAUUGAUUUACGGUCAAGAUAUCACCAGUUGCGCAUUAAGGUGGAGGAUAUUAAUAAGUCAGCUUUCCGAACCAGAUAUGGACAUUUUGAAUUCAUUGUAAUGCCUUUUGGAUUAACCAAUGCACCCGCUGCAUUUAUGGGGUUGAUGAAUAGAGUUUUUAAUGCAUAUCUUGAUAAGUGUGUAGCGGUGUUUAUUGAUGAUAUCUUGGUAUAUUCUAAGAGUCGUGAAGAACAUCAAGAACAUUUAAGGCUAGUCUUGCAAAUUCUUCGAGAAAAUGAAUUAUAUGCUAAGUUUUCGAAGUGCGAAUUCUGGUUAGAACAGGUGGCUUUUCUAGGUCACCUUGUUUCUAAAGAGGGGAUCUCUGCUGAUCCGGCAAAGAUAGAAGCAGUCCGAGACUGGCCUACACCCCGAAAUGUUACGGAUAUUUGA